AUGGCAUCUCAGAAGGCGCACGGUCGACCGCUGUCGACAGCGGAGGGUUUUGUUCUGGGUGGGAUGGCUGCCUGUGUCGCGGUCACCUUCUCCAACCCACCAGACGUCGCGAAAACGCGUCUUCAAUUACAGGGUGAACUGGCCAAGGAUGGCGGCAUCAAAGUGUACAAGAACACGCUCGACGUCGUCCUGAAGACAUGGCAGCAUGAAGGCAUCCGAGGUGUUCAGAGAGGUUUGGCACCAGCUUAUGUUUAUCAGAUACUUUUAAAUGGCUCUCGCCUUGGCUUCUACGAACCUAUUAGAUAUUGGACUAAUGUUUCCCUGGGAAUAUCGCCUUCUCACCAAGUCCCCUUCACCUCCGUAUUUGCGGGGGCAGUAAGCGGUGCUAUUGGUGCUAGUUUGGGGAGCCCACUCUUCCUCGUGAAAGCGCGAAUGCAGGCUUAUUCUCCAGCACUACCUGUUGGUGCUCAGCACUAUUACAAAAGUUCUUGGGAUGCACUUGCUACUAUAUUUCGCGUGGAGGGUGUCCGAGGACUGUGGCGUGGGAUAGAUGCCGCCAUCCUGCGCACGUCUAUGGGUUCAUCGGUACAACUGCCAACGUAUAACUGGACCAAGAAUCACCUUGUGCAGAGCGGAAUUAUGCCGGCUGACAGUGUAUGGACAUUUCUGUUGAGUAGCACCGUAUCCGGCGUGUGUGUUCUCGCGGCGAUGCAGCCUGCUGAUACCGCACUUACAAGAAUGUACAAUCAGCCAACGAAGCUCCUACCGGAUGGCAGACACGUCGGCGUGCUGUACAAGAAUCCUAUAGAUUGUCUCUGGAAGACGCUGAAGACCGAGGGUCCCCUGGGCUGGUACAAAGGUUCUGUUGCGCAUUUCUUCCGCAUCGCGCCUCACACCAUCAUUACCUUGACCGCCAACGAUAUCAUUAUUAAGUUCUAUAGAAGACUGCGCGAUGGAGAUCUAGAGCCGUAG